AUGGUAGAUAUGCAACGUCACUCCUUCGAGGAAACCUCUUCAAGCAGUCACAAACACUCCCGAUCCGAGUCUUCCAAGGACAGUGGACCUGUUCAAUUGACUGAAUUUGCAACCAUCAAUUUGCCAUUCUUUGAAACCCCUACUUCUCAAUCAUUGCCGAGGAAGCCCAAGGCCCAAUCUGUUCUAACACCCGUCCCUCGUUUCAAAGAAAAUCGGGUCUCGUCACCCAAAAGAGGUCGCAGCAGGGUGAGAAAUUCUGGAAAUGCAACAGUAGCAAGAAGCCCUUUCCGGAGUCCACUCUCGCCUGAUAGAUUCAUCCCAAAGCGAGACUUCGUGGAACCAACAUCAACAACAUUCCGUGUGGCCAAGCAUCCGCAGCGUCUUUCGCCUCAAGAGAGACUGCUUCGACGACUUCCGCCUGGAGAUGAUCCUUUUCUACCCUCAAAUGUCAGUUCCGGUGGGAUCUGGAACGUGGGUGGGUCGUCUGCAGUUCUCAGUAGUUCCCUUAUUGCGGCUCCUGAUGAAACGCCGACCACUUCGACCAAUGGAUCAUCAACUGCCCCGAUUUUCGUGGCUCGGUUCUUGCCCAAGGAACCCAAGUACAGUGAACAAGAAAUUCAUGAAUCGAGGCUUGCCCUUGCUUUGGGAAUUGACCCGACCACUAGACAACUGGGUACUUCCCUACGGUAUCUGGAUGCUCCCCUCAAUCCAGCAUCUCCAGACUUCGAGCGCCUCUCCCCAUUUGAAUGGAAAGACAGUGCUUGGAAGAAAGUUGAAAAGGAGCGUUGGUCCAGGUCUCCUGGCAGAAAAGAGAUUGUUCCACCAAAGCCUUUUCGAAUCCUAGAUGCUCCCUUCCUUCGGGACGAUUUUUACUGCAGCACUCUUGCAUACUCAACAACAUCUGGGAUACUGGCUGUGGGCCUGGGCCAUCAAGUAUAUCUCUGGUCUGAAGGCCAUGGGGUGGAUUAUCCUCCCUUUCCAGAUUUGCACUCCUCAAAUUAUGUGACCUCCCUGUCGUUUUCUUCUGAGGAUGGUGAACGAAGCAUUCUUGCAGUGGCUCGUCGAUCUGGUCAGUUAUCUCUAUGGAGCACAUUCGAGAAGCAACCCCGGUUUGAGAUCAGUCAUCCCAGUACGCUUACAUGCGUGGCAUUCAAGCCGAAGCCAUCACAGCGAUUUUCAGAACGGUUCAUGCAUGUGAAAGUCAACGUGGAAGAGCUUGUUGUUGGUGAUGAAUUUGGAAAUGUCUGGUACUAUUCCGUUGAGUGGUCUGACAAAGAAGACCAAGCCAAGUGGAAAUGGAACGGGUCCAUGACGCUUCUUGCCAAGAUCUGUGCACACACUCAACAAAUCUGCGGACUGGCCUGGUCGCCCGACGGGAGAUACCUUGCCACUGGCGGUAAUGAUAACGUCUGCCUUCUUUUCGAACUGGCGGAGAUUGUUCCACCACAACAUUCGAACUAUACGGUCGGAUCCAUUACACCCCCAGAUUCCCCUAGCAGCUUCAGCCUCGGUGUAUUUCCAUACCUUGCUCUUGGUACCGCAACAAGACGACUGUUUCUUAGGCGACCUGCUCUUCCAUCAUGGAUUGCUGCUCCUAUUAAGCCUCCGGCCGCCGCCGCACCCUUAAAUCACGCAGGCACGCUAAUUUCCGGUGGUGGACGAACGAUUCUGGUCCCAUACGACCGUCAGAAGUACCGUUUGGUGCACUCCGCUGCGGUCAAAGCAAUUGCAUUUGCGCCAUGGCAGGCGUCCCUGCUCGCGACAGGGGGAGGUACCAAUGACAGAGCUAUACACUUUUAUCAUACCCGGAGCGGAGUCUGUCUUGCAACCAUCAAUGUCUUCGCGCAGGUGACCAGUCUUAUUUGGAGCGAAACUCGACGUGAGAUCGCCGCUACUUUCGGUUAUGCACAGCCAGAUCACCCAUUUCGAAUCGCCGUUUUUGCUUGGCCCAGCUGCGCACAGGUUGCCGUUAUCCCCUGGGGGCCCUAUGGAACGACCUGGGAUGGCCCCGAAACUCGAAUAAAUAACUUCGACUGCGGAAGAGCCCUGUGGGCAGUGCGAUAUCCAGGGAAAGUCCCUCGUUUCUCGGGUGUACACUCUGAUAGACUGGACAGUCAGUCGUCUUCCCCUUCAUCCUCAUCAAGUCAGACUCGGUCUCCGGAACAAGGAGUUCCGACCCGCGGCCGCAAGGUCGGUGCUCGAAUGUUUACUCCCAAGGAGAAAGAAGGUGGAAUAUGGUGCACGCGUACAAAGGAGGAGGGAUGCAUUAUUGUCGCGUCUAGUGAUCAAACUGUAAAGUUCCAUGAGGUCUGGACUGGAAGAAGGACAAGCACCAGCUCUGCUUAUGGUCUCUUCGGCGGAAGCGACAUUCUCGAAGGCCUCGAGGGUAUUGAGAAGUCUGGAGGUGAAGUCAUUCGUUAG